CCCAAGCAACUCCGGCAGCAGUCCGAUAUGAAGACCAUUGUGUGCACCCUCGUCGUCCUGGUUGUCCUGGCCGCAGCCAACGCUGGCUACUACGGCGGCUACGGCUAUGGUCACGGCUAUGGCCAUGGUUACGGCCAUGGGGGAUACAGCCAUGGCAUCACUCACCACUAUGACAACCAAAGAGCGCACUACGGCUACGGUGGAUACGGCCACGGUGGUUACGGAGGCUACGGCGGAUAUGGAGGCUACGGCCAUGGCUAUGGAGGCUACGGUGGCUACGGCGGCUACGGCGGCUACGGCGGCUAUGGCCACGGCUAUUACGGCUAGGCUACUAAACGUUUGACCGGGAACCUGACCGACGGACGACAUGGGCGAGCACAAUAAACAACUGG